AUGGCCUCCUGUGACGACGACUUCUCUCUCCUCGGUGACGACUCUAACCCUAACCAUCACCUCCCUCACGCGCCAACCUCCCACCACAUCCACCAGCCCUACGAGCCUCCUCACCGCUUCCCGACGCGAACUCCCCCAGUGCACGCGCCACCAUCGCAGCCUACACUGAAGGAUAAGGUCAACGAGGGAGAAGACCAUGCCGACGACGGAGAUGACUACGAAAAUGCAGCCGCUGCCGCGUUCUGCUCGAAUCCCUUCGAUAGAGGCACCGAUCAGACCGACAUCGUCACCGGCGCGGGCGAGAAGAGAAAGGACCACUCCGAUGAGCACAGAGACGGCGGCGGCGGGGGAGGAGCUCCGUACAGUUACAAGAAAUCGAAAGCCUUGGCGUCUGCGAGCGGAGAUUACAGGAAGGACCGAGAGGAGUGGAGCGACACGGCGAUAUUGUGCCUUCUGGACGCCUACCUGGACAAGCUCACGCAGCUGAAUCGGGGAAAUCUGAGAGGCAGAGAUUGGGAGGAGGUGGCGGCGAUCGUGAGCGAGAAGUGUGAGAGGCAGAGAAAGAGCAUCGAGCAGUGCAAGAACAAGGUCGAUAACUUGAAGAAGAGGUACAAGCUUGAGAGGCACAGGAUGAGCAGCGGCGGCGUUUCGGCGAGUCACUGGCCUUGGUUCCAGAAGAUGGAGCUGAUCGUCGGCAAUUCAGUGGCGGCAAAGGCCACCUCCGAUGACGAUAAAGGUGUUUCUUCUUCGGGUAACACACCACGGCAAUCGAAGAGAUAUGGAAUGGUGGUGUCGAGUCCUGUAGGUCAGAUGAACAAGGUGAAAUCAGCUCCGACUAUCAAAUGGCGGAGAGUGGUCUUCAAAAUCAGUGGUGCUGCUCUUGCUGGUGCUGCUCCAAACAAUGUCGACUCAAAGCUGGCAAUGCUGAUUGCGAGGGAGGUUGCGUUGGCUUGUCGCAAUGGCGUGGAGUUGGCAAUUGUUGUUGGAGGUCGCAACUUCUUUUGUGGAGAUGCAUGGGUGACGGCGACAGGGUUAGAUAGAAGUACUGCGUACCAGAUUGGAAUGAUGGCCACUGUAAUGAAUUCCGUAUUGCUCCAGUCAGCAUUGGAGAAGAUGGGAGUCCAGACACGUGUUCAAACUGCAUUUUCAAUGCAUGAGGUUGCUGAACCAUACAACAGGCAGCGGGCCAUCCGGCAUCUUGAAAAAGGCAGAGUUGUAAUUUUUGCUGGGAUUGGUGCUGGCACGGGAAAUCCCAUCUUUUCCACUGACACAGCUGCAGCAUUACAAGCUUUGGAGAUUAAUGCAGAGGCAGUACUCAAGGGUACCAAUGUAGAUGGUGUCUAUGACUGCAACUCUCAAGACAACAAUUUUACAUUUGAGCACAUCUCUUUUAGGGAGUUGGUCACAAGAGGCGCCACCUCCAUGGACUCGAUGGCCCUGAACUUCUGCGAAGAACACAGGUUUCCUGUUGUGGUCUUUAAUCUGUUAGAGCCUGGAAAUAUAUCGAAAGCGCUAUGCGGAGAACAAGUUGGUACCCUGAUAGAUCAAACUGGAAGGAUUAGCUAAUAUUUACAGAACUCUGAGCUGUUGUAUUAUUAGGUCUACUUACCUCAGAUAACUGUCAAGUUAAUUUCAACAGACCCCAUUUAGAAAAAUCGGUGGCUUUUACAGCUCUGAUGGCUGAGACUUGGCUGCAUAUCCACGCAUAUAUCAUUUGCCACCCUGAUUCAUGAGAAGGUAGAGUAAAGAUUAUAACUGUUGAGUCUAAGUUAUGCAUGUUAAUGGCGGUGCCAGUGUCUUUUGUGUUGUUUUGUAAAUGGUAUCAUUACUUGGACGAAGAUUGUUGAUGCAGACGACUAUUAAGAUUUUUACUGGUUAGUUUGUAUUAAUAGAGGUGUGAAUAGAAAAAUAUGGUUUGGAGUCA